AUGCAGCGGGACCCUGAAGCUGUGCCUUCUUUCGUCCGCGAGGCUGCCGGUGACAGUGACGAGGCUGAUGACAGUCCCGACGCUGAAGAACCUCCGGCCAAGCGGUGCAAAGAUCAGGGCAUCACAACCUUGCUGCAUGUGUUGGCCGCCGCCGACCUGUGCGACUUCCGACCCGCAGAUGACUGCCCUCGCAAGCUCUUCGCUCGUUUGCGGGCACUCCACCCGCACAUGGCCAGUCUGAAUCGUCGAGUCCGCCUCGCGGAGAGGCUCCUGUCGGCCCCGCUUAUAAACGGGAAGAUGCGGUCCCCGCGCGAUCAGGUGCGGUGGGAACACUUGUUGGCCAAAGCUCGAGCCGCACUCCUGCUGUUUGCGGCAAACCAGACACGACACCAGCUGUGGGCGGACUACUCCAGCAGAUGUGUGCAGGCCGCCUCCGUUAAAAAGGCGGACCCGGGUGUGGAGCUGACCGGAGCCACGCCGCCAGUGGAGCUGCGACCCUGGGACCCAGUUGUGCAGGUGGUGGCUUGUCGGCCACUGGUCGCUGCAAUGGGGGCGCUCAACGGAAUGCGGCUGGCUGUGGUUGUUGCCAGCUGGCGUGCAGCGCGUGGCAAUGGCAAGAAGGCCUUGAACGGUAAAGGUGCCCUGCCCAUCACGGCGGCCAGCUGCUUGCAUGUCGUUCUUUUGGAGCCCGAGCAGUUUCAGAAAGAGCCUUAUGUGUUCUCCGCUUCGACAUUGAGCCCGGUCUUCUGCAUAGAGGCGCACAGCGGAUCGCUGCUGUACGAGGUACCUGCCGAAGCCAUGCAAGUCAAGCAGGGGCAGAAUCAUGUGUACAUCGGGCUGAACCAAGCCGCCUUCGACGCGUACGUGGCAAUCGCCAACGCACAGGUUGCCCUCGAUCCUUCGAAGCCCGACAGGAAAUCAUGUCCGCAAGGCCCUACCGUGUAUUAUGUGGCCGACGACUUCAAGAAUUCCGCUUCUGGUCGCAGCAACAUGAAAUCGUAUGCCGUCCUCAUGCUGCAGGAUUACGAGCGCUUGUUCCAGCCUAUCCGGGACGAGCAAGGGCACAUCCGCCUAGAUGAUAUCCAGCUGCCGUGGGAGGCCUUGCUGGCGCGCUUGCCGGGCUACUUCGCAACGCGGUGCGUGAAGAACACCGCUCACUGGAAGAGCUUCAGCACAGAGCAACGUGCCAAAGGGUUCCCGCAGCUUGUGCUGGAAGAGCUCCUGUCGAUGAGCCCGAAGCCGGAGCAGUCGCCGAAGCGCUUUGUCAGCUGGUUGCGGAGCGUGCACUUCUCGGCGCCGGGCGCCGUGAUGGUUGCAGUGGGCUGA